GGUCAGUCAGCGCGCCUUCCAUCCAUCCACACACAACAAGGAGCAGCUCAGUGACUAACUAAAAACUUUUAGCUCGACUAUUGUUCAGGUUUGUCCUUAAAUCUGACAUUAAAGCUACAACAACGACAGGUGUGUUUUGGACAGCGGCUCAGGGAGCGGGCUGCUGUUGCUAGCUUAUCGGUUAGCCUUGUUAGCCUCCCCAGAUGAGGAAAUAACUAGAUAAGUAGCUCAACUUGAAGCUAGCUUAACCGACAUCUCUUUGAUCGGACGACGGCAAACUGAAACAACAUGCAGGAGCUACUGGCCAACGUGGACCACAUCAAGUUCGACCUGGAGAUCGCCAUGGAGCAGCAGCUGGGGGCGCAGCCUCUGCCCUUCCCCGGCAUGGACAAGUCUGGGUCUGCUGUGUGUGAGUUCUUCAUGAGAGCAGCUUGUCUGAAAGGUGGGAUGUGUCCGUUCCGUCACAUCAGUGGAGAGAAGACGGUGGUGUGUAAGCACUGGCUCAGAGGACUGUGUAAGAAGGGAGACCAGUGCGAGUUUCUCCAUGAAUAUGACAUGACCAAGAUGCCUGAAUGCUACUUCUACUCCAAGUUUGGUGAGUGCAGCAACAAGGAAUGUCCCUUCCUGCAUAUUGACCCAGAGUCCAAGAUCAAAGACUGUCCCUGGUAUGACCGAGGCUUCUGCAAACACGGUCCCGACUGCAGACACAGACACACAAGAAGAGUGAUCUGUGUGAACUACCUGGUCGGCUUCUGUCCGGAGGGAAAAUCCUGUAAAUUUAUGCACCCCAGAUUUGAAUUGCCUAUGGGAGCUUCUGAGCAGCCUCCUUUGCCACAGCAAACCCAGAACCAGACAAAGCCUGUGCCUACUAUUGGUCGUUCGUCCCUGUCCUUAAUCCAGUUGACAAACUCCAGUCCAGGCCAGCGGCCGCAGAAUAACUUGUCGACCGCUUCUCAUCAAAAUAACAUGUCCACCAACAGAGGACCGCGUCCACUGGACCAGGUUACCUGCUACAAGUGCGGUGAGAAGGGCCACUAUGCCAACAAAUGCACUAAAGGCCAUCUUGCUUUCCUAAGUGGACAGUAACCUCCAGACACCAUGGUGUUGUAGCUCACCAGCCUGGUGGGAUGAACAGCUGAAGAGAGGAAGCCCUUCUGCUUCUCGGGCUGGCGUUGAACCUAAAGACUUCAACUGACACUUCUGCGUGUGACCUGAUGGAGACGCAAGAAGUGCGAAAGAUCAAACACAGCUAAUUCCAAUUUCUUUGACUGACAAACUGUGGACACGAGGACCAGAGGCGGUUUGGUUGAAAGAACUGAUCUGGGGGUUUGUUAGGAGUUUUGUACUCGACAGUACAUUUAUACUGAAGACGUAGGCAUAAAAGUAACUCCAUAGAGAUGUGGUGCUAUCACAGAUUGCUGACAUCUAUGUACUUGGAUCAAGAAAGUACAACUAUUCUGUAAAAUUCAAGUAAAUCUGACUGGCAAUACCAUGCCAUUUGAACUCAGUUAUUAGUCAGAGCCCAGUUUCACCCCCAACACCACCAGCUGGUAUUUUCUACACAUCAGUACUGAAGUUUUGGACAUUGCAGCCUGGAAGUAGUUCAUUUAGCAGCUGUGUGUGGAGGAAGAUCACGCAAUGUGGAUCAGCUGGAGGACGGUGGAUACAGUCUGUACAAAUAAACGUUCUUGUUACAGA